UUCUCUAUGAGUUGUCCGUAAUAAUUUUAUCUAUGAAUAAUUGUUAUUCUUUUACGCUUUCUCUAUGGUUGAGAAACUAACCAAGAAAAGUCAAGAUGGGUAUCGAUAUUAAUCAUAAACAUGAUCGGAAGGUUCGGCGCACAGAACCUAAAAGCCAGGAUGUCUACUUGAGGCUCCUUGUCAAGUUAUAUCGCUACCUAGCACGUCGUUCAAAUGCCAAAUUUAAUAGAAUAAUAUUAAAAAGGCUGUUUAUGAGUAAAAUCAAUAAACCACCAAUUUCUUUGGCUAGAAUUGUAAGACAAAUGAAAAAACCUGGACGUGAAGGCUUGACUGCAGUAAUUGUCGGAACUGUUACUGAUGACCAACGUAUUUGGGAGAUUCCUAAACUGACAGUGUGUGCAUUGAGAGUGACUGAGAAGGCAAGGGCCAGAAUAUUGAAAGCAGGGGGUGAAGUGAUUACAUUUGACCAAUUGGCUUUAAAAUCACCAACUGGAAAGAAAACUGUUCUAUUGCAAGGUAGAAGAAAUUCUAGAGAGGCAGUGAAGCACUUUGGACUUGCACCUGGUGUGCCACACUCUCACACUAAACCAUUUGUUCGCUCCAAGGGUAGGAAGUUUGAACGUGCACGAGGUCGUAGGCGUUCUUGCGGUUACAAAAAAUAAUUUGUAUUGUAUAAUAUUGAAUUAAUAAAAGUUAUCUUUAAAAACAUAA